AUGCAUGUACGGACAAGAACAGAGCAUUUGAAUUUUGAUUUCAAACUCAUAGCACUCUUCACAAUUCUCUUGACCAGCCUUAUCGGAGUUUGCCUACCGUUCUUGGCUCGUUUUGUUUCAGCUUUCCAACCCGAGACAUCGCACUUUCUUAUCGUCAAAUACUACGCUUCUGGAAUCAUCCUCGCCACUGGUUUCAUCCACGUUUUGCCUGAUUCCUUCCAAAUGCUCUUGUCUCAUUGUCUUAGCGAUGACCCCUGGCACAAGUUUCUUUUCACCGGCUUUGUCGCCAUGAUCUCAGCAGUGUUGACACUCAUGGUUGACUCUAUCACCACCAUUGUUUUCACCAAGUCGGGAAAGAGGGACCCAAAUGCUGACAUGGCAUCUGUAGAGACUCCUGACCAAGAGAUGGGCGCGUCCCACCAUUGUCAUGGUCUUACUCUUCAUCAUAGUGAUGACAAGGAGUUUGGUUCUACUUUGCAGCUUCUGCGAUAUCGUGUUAUUGCCAUCGUUAGUAUUCUUCUACAGUUUUGCUCUAGUUUUUCUUCUUUUAAUUUACAAAAAAUUAACUCUUGA